CCAGAUUUCCUCUCCAGCCAAACAGCACCCCAGCCCCUUCGCUUCUCUGCAUGAUUUUAUCCCCAUACUCCAAAGAUCGGGCAGUUGUUGCUUCCUGUCAGUUAUUCCUCUCUAUGGGACUGUUGGAAAGGAACGGUUUUGAUGAUUGGAGUCCUCGAGAGUUCUUGAUAAUUAGGGGUUUUGAUUUGCUCUAGCCGGUUAAAUGUUAUCUGUAAUGAACAACGAUUGUGAUUUCGAGAGGAAGAAAUUGGAUGCAGUCGAAGAAGGUAGGGUUCCGGGGGUUGAUGUUGAUAGCGCUAAUGAAGUUAGGGUUUCAUCAUUGGGGUUGGAUUCGAGAGCUCCAGAGAGUGAAGGAGGUUGUAGGAUCUUGGUUGGCGAAAGAUAUGAGCAUUCUAGGGUUAGAGCUAGGGUUUCUGAGGAUAGUGAUGGGGGUGUAGAUAAGGAAAUGGGAGUUAGGGUUUUUGAACCAAAAGAUGGGGACACUGCUGUUGUUCAUUUUGACCCACAGGAUGAUGGGUUUGAUGGGCUCGAUGAUGCGUCUGAUUCUGAAACUGGUGCAUCUGGUAAUGUUGAUUGCCAGGGAGACAUGUAUAAGUUUUUGUUGUCAGAGUUUGAUGAUUAUGUAGCAAGUGAGAAAAAUGGAUCAACGCUGGGUACUUCCCGUGCUUUGAAGUAUGGAUUUGAAGUGGGUGAUAUGGUGUGGGGCAAGGUGAAAUCACACCCAUGGUGGCCAGGGCGUAUAUUCAAUGAGGCAUUUGCAUCACCUUCAGUGCGUCGGACAAGGAGAAAUGGUCAUGUGCUGGUGGCCUUCUUUGGAGAUAGUAGUUAUGGUUGGUUUGACCCGUCUGAGCUUAUCCCUUUUGACCCCAAUUUUGCAGAGAAAUCUCAGCAAACCACAGCGAGGAAUUUUGUUAUGGCUGUGGAGGAAGCAAUGGAUGAGGCUAGUAGGAGGCGUGGUCUUGGCUUGGCAUGUAGAUGUAGGAAUCCAUAUAACUUUCGGCCCACUAAUGUGCAAGGUUACUUUGCAGUGGAUGUUCCAGAUUAUGAGCCUAAUGGGAUAUAUUCAGUGAAUCAGAUUAGCAAGGCAAGAGAUGGUUUUCAGCCAAGUGCGAUUCUUUCAUUUGUGAAACAAUUGGCAUUGGCACCUCGAGAAAGUGAAGAGACGAGCCUUGAAUUUGUUAAUAAUAAGGCUACAGUGUCUUCCUUGCGCAAGGCUGUGUUUGAAGAGUUUGAUGAGACAUACGCACAGGCAUUUGGAGUGAAACCAACACGCCCACCUCGUGGAAAUGUUGCUGCGCUAAAUAGGGAGCCUCCCCGUGCUCCUUUAAGUGGUCCACUAGUGAUCGCGGAAACACUAAAUGGUGAGAAGAGCUCCAAAAAGCCUUUGAAAGUCAAGGACCAUUUUAAAAAAGAUAGGUACCUCUUCAAGAGAAGAGAUGAACCAAGUGACUCAACAGCCAUUCAAGUGAACCCAGGGAAAACUAGUUUGCCGGCUCCAUCUGCUGCUUACAUGGGGAGAUCCUUAGCAUCGGAAGCAAGAGAUUAUGUGCUACAGAAGAGGGCAGCUUCAGCACCUCAUCUUCCAGCAAAAGAUGAGCAAUCAGAUUUGUUAUCAGGCAGGGAUGGUGCAGUUUUGAGAGAAGAUUUUUCUGAUAAAGAUGUGCAAAAUAUAAAUCUCGCUCCAACGUAUAGCAGUGCACUUGCCAGCCAAGUUGCUGAUGAUGUGAAGCCAUCUCUUCAUAAAGAGAAAAUUCUUUAUCAAGCAAUGAGAGAAAGAAGCACAGAUUUUACUGAUUUUUCAAGGAAAGGAGUGUUGCCAGGUUUAUUUGAUGGUACAGCACCAUCUUUUCAGCAAGGUGAGAAUAUGACUGACCUCAAAUAUGAGCAGGAUGUGAAAACAUCCCAAACAAAUGAAGGCUUUCAGUCAAGUGGGUUGAGAUUUUCAGGAAGACCAGAAGGAAAUUUGGGAUCUAUUCAGAUUCAGGAUGAUCGCACUGGUGUGCGUCCUUCAUCGACUGAUGCAAAGCAUUCUGGUAAAAUAAAUGAUAAUGUUAAGCUGAAGAAGCCCAAAGUUCUUAAACGACCAUUGGGAGAGUUGAGCACUGACAACUCUACCACGGGGGAGAAAAAAAAUAAGAAAAAGAAAGUUUUUGUCUCAGAAACAGUUCAUCAUCGUCCGCUGAAGCAGAUGACCUCUGGCACAGGUGCAGGGGGCAAUUUAGCAGGAAAAUCCAGCUUCGUUGGUAUUGUUCGUAAGGAGGAUUCUCAGGUGAACAUACAGAGGAAAGAUGGCAGGGCCAGUAAUUCCUUGCUUAAUUCUGUUGAUGCAUCACCAAUGGCUGGUAAGCUUCCACAACUUCUCGAGGAUUUGCGUGGCCUUGCUCUUGACCCCUUUCAUGGUUCGGAGAGGAAUAGCCCUAGAACAAUACAGCAAUUUUUUUUGCAAUUUCGGUCCCUUUAUUACCAGAAAAGCUUGGUUCUGUCACCACCAACAGAGAAUGAGUCUCUUGAGGUGCGUGCAAUAAAAUCUUCCUCUGGUGUUGGCGUUUCUGACAUUUCUCCUGGUGAGAGUACCAGAAAGUUAUUACCUUCAAAGCCUGUGAAACCCAAUAAUAGACCUGAGGAUCCAACAAAAGCUGGGCAAAAGCGUCUUCCAUCUGAUCGUCAAGAAGAGAUUGCAGCAAAGAGACUGAAGAAGAUCAAUCAUUUGAAAGCAUUGGCUGCAGAGAAGAAGACUGCUCAGAAGCCUGCAGAAGUCCAUCGAUCAGAGGGAAAAGAGCAAGCUGCCGUGGCCCCAACAAGGGCUAUCAAAGCGAACACUGCCAUGAGGAAAGUAGUGUCUCCAGCUAGGCCUGUUGAGCCUACAAUGUUAGUGAUGAAAUUCCCUCCUGAGACAUCACUUCCAUCUCCUGCAGAGCUUAAGGCAAGGUUUGCUCGUUUUGGCUCGAUGGAUCAGGAUGCUAUGCGAGUGUUUUGGAGAUCCUUCACUUGUCGUGUUGUGUUCCGGCAUAAGCUUGAUGCUCAGGCUGCAUAUAAAUAUGCUGUUGGAAACAAGUCCUUAUUUGGCAAUGUGAGUGUGAGGUACCAACUUCGGGAAGUGGGAGGUUCUGCUCCUGAAGUAUCCGGAGCUGACAAGGGCAGAGGCGAUGAUACUCCAAUUGAGACUUCGCGAUACAAAGAUCCAAUGACCGAGAGACCAACACUAUCGCUUGUACAGCAGCCAAAUACCCAGCUCAAGUCCUGUUUGAAGAAAUCAAAUGGAGAUGAAGCGAGCCAGGUAACGGGUGGUAAUGGUAAUGGUGGUAGAGGGACACCCCGUGUAAAAUUCAUGUUGGGUGGGGAAGAAACUAGUAUGCUUGCUAAUAGAAACAACUUCAACAACAAUACUAGUUUUGCAGAUGCCCGUGCUUCUGGUUUAAUGGAUUUUAAUAGUAAGAACAACAUUGAUAAUGCCAUUCCUUCCUCUGCAUCAUCAUCAUCCUCCAUCCUUCCCCUUCCUACACAAUUUGCAAAAGCCCAUCUUAAUGACUUGCAUCAUACGGAAGUAGUAGCACCCAGAAGUUCGCACAAUCUUAUCACUUCUCCUGCUGCUGCAGCAGGCAUAGAUAUUUCUCAACAGAUGAUAAGCCUUAUGACAAGAUGCAGCGAUGUUGUUAAUAGUCUGACGGGCCUGCUAGGAUAUGUGCCAUACCAUCCCCUAUGAUAUGAUGGAUCAUGACAAGAAAAUGAGAGCAAAACUCGUGUUUAAAGCUGCCCAAAUGCCCUGAAUGCGUUGCAGCUAAUGGAAGGAAAUGGGAGGCCAGUCAUUGAUAAAUUUGCGAUCAAAUUUAUGUAUACAUCAAGUGUAAUGGACAUUAGUAGUGUCGUCAUCUCGUGUUUUAUGUGGGGUGGGGCAAGGUCCGCCUACUUGACUCUCUAUUCAUUUCAUUGUGGGAGGCUGUGUACGAGAUGUUGUUGUUGACCUUUUACCUCUUUGAGUCUUGCCUUGUCUAUUAUUUCUUUUGUCGGUUUGUUGAUGACUUUUGGAUGGCUUGGGCCUCCGCGCUCUUCUACAUAUUUGGUACACUG